CUCCCUCCCUCCCUCCGUGUCUCGGCCACGAUCGUGUCAGGCGGUUGUUCUCGAUUCAUCCUGUUUUGGGGUCGUCGCCGUCAGAGGCCAGCUGUCAAACAGAAACAAACAAGUUAAAGAAAGCUGCGUCUCUCUAUGGGCGAUUCGUUUGGCGUAUAAAUAAAUGUCAGUGUUUCGAUUCGGGCCAUCAGCCGUCGUUGGAUGAACUGAGAUCUCUCCCUCUCUCCACAUACCGCAAUCCCCUUCCCUCGCCGCCUCUUCCGAUCCGGAGACAGAGCGAGGGAGUGGACUGAGGCGAAGCGAAGAGGCGCAUCGGUAUCCGAGGAAGGAAAAAAGAAUGAAGAACAAAGAUACUAAAUCAUCAGCAUAUCACGAUACAAGUUCUAGGAUCAUCCCGAUGACUAUAAUGCUCAUUGUCCUAUGUGGAUUUUCAUUCUAUCUUGGAGGCAUCUAUUUCUCUGAAAAAAAUAGAUUCUUUAAACAGGAUGUUGCACCAGCGAUUCUGCAUAAGAAAUCUGUACUAGCUCCUCUUCGGAUUGAAUCUGUGGAAUUCCCUGAGUGCAGUAGUGACUAUCAAGAUUACACACCAUGCACAGACCCCAAGAGAUGGAAGAAGUAUGGCAACUACAGGCUUAGUUUUAUGGAGCGCCAUUGCCCGCCAAUGGUUGAGAGGAAAGAAUGUUUAGUACCACCUCCUGCUGGGUAUAAGGUUCCUAUCAGAUGGCCAAAGAGUAGAGAUCAAUGUUGGUACAGAAAUGUUCCAUAUGAUUGGAUAAACAACCAGAAAUCAAAUCAGCACUGGCUUAGAAAAGAAGGAGAAAAGUUCAUUUUUCCAGGUGGAGGUACUAUGUUUCCCAAUGGAGUUGGUGCUUAUGUUGACCUGAUGCAAGAUCUUAUUCCUGGAAUGAAGAAUGGAACUAUCCGAACUGCCAUUGAUACAGGGUGUGGGGUUGCAAGCUGGGGUGGUGAUUUGUUAGAUCGUGGAAUUUUAACUGUUUCUCUUGCACCCAGAGAUAAUCAUGAGGCUCAAGUACAGUUUGCCCUUGAACGUGGCAUUCCAGCAAUUUUAGGCAUCAUUUCUACUCAACGUCUCCCAUUCCCAUCAAAUUCAUUUGAUAUGGCACACUGCUCCAGAUGUCUUAUUCCAUGGACAGAAUUUGAUGGAAUUUAUCUGCUAGAAAUACACCGAAUACUUCGACCUGGUGGCUUCUGGGUACUCUCUGGCCCUCCAGUAAACUAUGAAAACAGAUGGCGUGGAUGGAACACUACAGUGGAAGAACAGAAAGCCAAUUUUGACAAAAUAAAAAAAUUGUUAACCAGCAUGUGCUUCAAACUCUACCAAAUAAAGGAUGACAUUGCCGUGUGGCAGAAAUCUGUAGAUAACAGUUGCUAUGAUCAACUCAAUCCAUCUUCUUUUCCACCAAAAUGUGAUGACAGCAUGGAUCCAGAUUCAGCAUGGUACAUACCACUUAGAACUUGCUUGAAUGUUCCAAGCCAAAAGUUGAAGAAGUUGGCACUAAAAUCUGCUCCAAGAUGGCCCAAACGGCUACAUAUGGCUCCAGAACGUAUUGCUGUGGUCCCUGGUGGGAAUUCUGGUGGAUUCAAGCACGAUGACAGCAAGUGGAAGGUGAGAGUAAAACAUUAUAAGACACUGCUUCCGGCCCUUGGAAGUGAUAAAAUCCGAAAUGUUAUGGAUAUGAAUACACUAUACGGAGGAUUUGCAGCAGCACUCAUCAGUUAUCCUGUGUGGGUAAUGAACGUUGUCUCCUCAUAUGGUCCAAAUUCUCUCGGUGUGGUCUAUGACAGGGGGCUCAUAGGAACCUACCAUGAUUGGUGUGAGGCAUUUUCAACAUAUCCUCGAACAUAUGACCUCCUGCAUUUUGAUGGGCUAUUUACUGCAGAAAGUCACAGGUGUGAGAUGAAAUAUGUGCUCCUCGAGAUGGAUCGUAUUCUGCGUCCAAAUGGGUACGUGAUAAUUCGUGAGUCAAACUAUUUCGUUGAAGCGAUAGCAAGCAUUGCCAAAGGCAUUCGAUGGGAUUGUCAGAAACAUGACACAGAAUACAAUGUAGAGAAGGAGAAGCUAUUAAUAUGUCAGAAGAAACUAUGGUAUGCAAAACAAGGUCAGCGGUGAGAAACCAAAUCUUAGUAUUCAAUCCUGAAAUAGAAACAUAGCAAAAAAAAAAAAAAUCAUUAGAAGCGCUCCACUAUUAAAAACAAAAAAAAAAAGAUUUCCAUAAUGUUCCUCGUAUCAUGCUUGGGCACACUUGAAAUUUUACAACUGGAGGUGCGGCCUGUCCUGACUGCUAAUACCUUUAUGACAGUCACAAAAGUUACUGGAAUAAUAGUUCUUCAAAGUUUCAAAUCGUCAUAUAUUCCUUUUAGAAGGAUUCCAAAAUUUGGAGGGUGGGAUUCAGGGUUUAAAAUGUAGUUGUAUUGUGUAUAUUGGAUAAGUAUGUGAGGCCUUGACUUGGAUAGGAUGAGCUUUACAAUACAGCGAAUUGUAUGUUUCUGGUGUCAUAAGGUGUAUCUCAACUUUUUAGUGUUGCAAUUUGCUUCGAGAUUGUAUACCAUAUCAUGUUUGUAACUGAAUUGACUAUUAUUUUGUUGGAAUAUUAAAUUAAACUUGAUGAUUA